AUGGAGACCUGGGUGCGCUUCAGCGCCCAGAGCCAGGCCAAGGAGCGGCUCUUCAGAGCUGCCCAAUACGCCUGUGCCCUGGCGGGGGACACGCUGCGGAGGAACGGGGCGAGCGCCGGGGUCCUGGCCAGCGUUCGGCAGCUGGAGGCUCACCUCAGCCUGGGCCGCAAGCUGCUGCGCCUGGGCAGCUCGGCCGAGGCGUUGGAGGCAGCGAAAAGGGCCAUCCACCUGUCGGACAUGGUGCUGCGGUUCUGCGUCACCCUCAGCCACCUCAACAGGGCCAUGUACUUCGCCUGCGACAACGUCCUCUGGGCGGGAAAAACGGGGCUCGUCCCCAGCGUGGAUCAGGAGAAGUGGAGCCAGCGGUCCUUCAGGUAUUACCUCUUUGCGCUCGUCGUGAACCUGAGCCGGGACGCCUACGAGAUCCGGAUCCUGAUGGAGCGCGAGGCGGGCGGGAAGCGAGCGAAAGGCAGUGAGAACGGGCGCCAGCUCCGGGCUGACAAUGGGCUCCAGCAGCUGGGGCUGAGGCUGCAGAUCCAGCUCCGGCUUCUGAUCCACGUCCUUCGGAACAACCCUCCUCUGCUGCUGGACGUGGUGAAAAACACCUGCGACCUUUUCAUCCCCCUGGACAAGCUGGGGCUGUACAAAACCAACCCGGGCUUUGUGGGGCUGUGCGGCCUCACCUCCUCCAUCCUCUCCAUCCUCACCAUCCUUCAUCCCUGGCUCAAACUGAAGCCUUAG